AUGAACCCCAAAGACCCAUUGGAAGAGACAGAAGGAAGCUCUGCUCCAUUAUGCUUGGCCUGUGGCCAAAGGCAUCUUCCAGAAGAGAACCAUAUAUACACCUACACAGAAGACGUAGACGAUGACCUUAUCUGCCAUAUUUGCUUGCAGCCUUUGCUUCGGCCUCUGGACACACCCUGCGGACACACGUACUGUGCAGUUUGCCUUACGGAUUUCCUCGUGGAAAAAGACUUCUGCCCUAUGGACCGCAAAGCCCUCGCUUUACAGAGGUGCAGGAAGUCAAGCAUCUUGGUGAAUAAGCUCCUGGAUAAGCUAAUGGUGAACUGUCCUUUCACGGAACACUGCUCAGAAAUUCUGCAACGCUGCAAUCUUGAACAUCAUUUUCAGAACGGGUGCAAAGGGGCGUCACAUUAUGGCUUCACCAAGGAGAGGAAGAGAUGCUCCCCAGCUGGAUCUGCUGAUUUGAAUGCUGCUUUAACAGUAUCUGCUCUGGGAUCGGAGUUCUCAGCUGCCGCCACAAUUGCCUUAAUGACAGACGAACCUGGGCUAAUCAAUCCUGCCUUCAAUGCCAACUUAGAGGACAUCCCGCCAGGAACCAACUCCACCAAUCAUUAUACAAGCCAGCAAUCUAGAACUUUACAGUUUGAGCGUUCUACUGUACGAAGGAGGUCUUUUAAAAAGAUAAACAGAGCUCUCAAUGUCCUCCGAAGGACAAAAAGUGGCAGUGCUGUGGCUAACCAUGCUGAACAGGAACGAGAAAACGUUGAAAAUCUGAUUGCUUCAGAGGCAGGCUUUCCAAGGUUGUAUCAUCUCAUUCCAGAUGGCGAAAUUACCAGCAUUAAGGUCAACCGCAGGGACCCCCACGAAGCGCUUGCCAUUAGAGUAGUGGGGGGCAGCGAAACGCCUUUGGUUCACAUCAUCGUUCAACACAUCUAUCGGGACGGCAUCGUUUUCAAAGAUGGAAGGCUACUUCCGGGAGAUAUGAUCCUGAAGGUCAACGGCAUAGAUAUCAGAAACGUGCCUCACAGUUACGCCUUGUUCGUCCUGACGCAACCUUGCCAAGUUCUCCGUCUCACUGUGCUCAGAGAGCAGAAAUACCAGUGUGGGAAUCCCCAACUUUUCCCUGAUGUUCCUUGCCACAGGGAUGAGAAUUUGCACAUUAUUCUGAACAAAAGCAACCCAGAGCAGCAGCUGGGCAUCAAGUUGAUCCGUAAGGCACACGAGGAUGGCGUCUUUGUGUUCAACCUGCUCGAAGGAGGCUUGGCUGCCCGUGACGGGGAAAUCCGAGAGGACGAUAAGGUUUUAGCCAUUAACGGGCACGACUUGCAGCACGGAAGUCCAGAAAGUGCAGCCCUGUUAAUACAAGCUAGCAAGAAGCAGGUUCACUUCAGCAUUUCCAGGCAAACCAGGCGACAGACCCCGGAUAUCUUGCAGGAAACUGGCUGGGAUUGCCACGGUAACCAUCUGCCCUUCAUUGCUGACAAGAGUGCCCUUCACGCAGUUACCUGUCAGGAAAAAGUGGUCAUUGUCCGAAAAGAUAAUGCAGAGUCCCUGGGAAUGACGGUGGCAGGAGGUCUGUCUUCACACAGAGAGUGGAACCUACCUAUUUAUGUCUUAAGUGUUGAGCCGGGUGGAGUCAUCAGCAGAGACGGCCGAAUAAAAACAGGCGAUAUCCUGCUCAACGUGAAUGGAAUUGAUCUGACAGGUGUCAGCCGCGGAGAGGCGGUAGCCCAUUUGAAAAAUGUCUCCUCGUCGGUGGUGUUCAAAGCACUAGAACUGAAAGCGUGUGAGACCACGGAAGGAGAAAACGGGGACUUAUUGCCUGAUGCCAAUUUGAGAACCUCCAGUCAGAGCGAGUGGUCUCCUUCCUGGGUGAUGUGGCUUGAAUUACCAAGGUCCUUGUACAGUUGCAAAGAAAUUGUGUUGCGAAGAAAUACAGCAGGAAGUCUUGGCUUCAGUAUAGUGGGAGGUUAUGAAGAAAACAGUGGAAACCGGCCGUUCUUUAUCAAAUCCAUUGUGGAAGGGACCCCAGCAUAUAAUGAUGGAAGAAUCAGGUGUGGUGACAUCCUCCUUGCAGUGAAUGGCAGGAAUAUCUCAGGAAUGGCGCAUGCCUCUUUGGCAAGGAUGUUAAAAGAACUGAAGGGGAAACUUACUCUCACUAUUGCAUCCUGGCCUGGCACCUUUUUAUAAAGAUGUGUUUCAACUGGAAACAAACGAAUAUCUGUGUACUUUUUUUUGGGUAGCAAAGUAUCAAUGUGCAU